AUGAGUUCUUAUUUUGUUAAUUCACUCUUCUCCAAGUACAAGGCAGGGGAGUCUUUGCGCCCCAAUUAUUAUGAUUGUGGCUUUGCCCAGGAUCUAGGAGGCAGACCCACAGUGGUGUAUGGACCCGGUGCUGGGGGCACUUUUCAGCACCCUAGCCAGAUUCAGGACUUUUACCAUGGAACGUCUUCCCUGUCCUCGCCCCCUUACCAGCAGAACCCCUGCGCUGUGACCUGUCAUGGGGACCCCGGCAGCUUCUACGGAUACGACCCUUUGCAAAGGCAGAGCCUGUUCAGCAGCCAGGAUUCGGAUCUAGUGCAAUACACCGACUGUAAGCUGGCCUCAGCUGGCCUGGGGGAAGAAGCAGAGAGCUCAGAGCAGAGUCCUUCACCUACACAGCUCUUUCCCUGGAUGAGACCACAAGCAGCCGCUGGACGUAGGAGAGGUAGACAGACCUACAGCCGCUACCAAACCCUGGAGCUGGAGAAAGAAUUCCUCUUCAACCCUUACCUUACCCGCAAGCGGAGGAUUGAGGUGUCUCACGCUUUGGGACUUACUGAGAGACAGGUGAAAAUAUGGUUCCAGAACAGGAGGAUGAAAUGGAAAAAGGAGAACAACAAAGAUAAGUUCCCCAGCAGCAAAUGUGAGCAGGAGGAACUGGAGAAACAGAAAAUGGAGAGAUCACCAGACACUGAGGAGGCUCUGGAUGGACAAAAGGCUGAGAAGAGCCUGGACUGA